GUCAGUCCCGGAGGUAGCCUCGAGAUAACACUAUUCGACUGUAUGUUGAUACACACUGUACCUAUCCCACGUGCGAUUUACUUAUCUUGAAGGAAGAAGAAUACUGUAGUGUCCACUCUCCGUUCCUUUCAGAAAGGCAACAUGAUUUCAAACGCUUUGAGGUGUUUAGCAGUUUUCUCUUUAAUUAGUACUGUCACCAUGGAUCACAUGGCUCCAUGUAGCGCUGAUGAAGAAGGUUAUUCCACUUCAUCGGGUUACCCCGUCGCAGGAAUGUGCAGACCCUGUAGAGGGCAAAGUCUCACCCACUGGGAAAACUGGAGUGGUUGUGUUGGAAGCAGCUCACAGUCCAGGUUAAAGACUCAUAUCAGUGCGUGUGGAAGGAAAACCGUAUUGACUUCGGAAACGAGGCCGUGCCCAGUAAAUGGCACUUGGAGUCAGUGGGGAGCCUUCAACGCCUGCGACAAGACCUGUGGGGGUGGGCUUAGAUUACGAGUACGACAAUGUAAUAAUCCACCGCCAUCGCAUGGAGGAAUACCAUGCAUAGGAGAUUCUGUGGAGUUUGUGCAAUGUAACACACAACCUUGCCUAGCUUUUGUAACGAUUACUAAUCCUCCUCAAAAGCCAACAGUGGAUGUCGUUUUUAGAAACACACAGAGGGGCACUCGUCAAAGAUUGCAUCGGAUUCAACGCUACAUUCAAAAGCAGAGGGAUAAGCUGGUAGAAUAAUCAAAAUACCGUGCAUCGUAAUGUUAGAAAAAUGUAUGCUGUUAGUGAAUUUGAAUUGACAAUAAAAUAUGAUACUAUACUAGUA